AUUUGUUAUAUAUAAAUAAAUAAGUGCAAACAUUUUAAAGUCCCUUCCAUUCAACUGACUUACAGUUGAAAAACAUUCUAAAUAGUUUACAAAUUAUUGCAAUUAAUUUAAUUAUAUUAAUUAAAUUUAAUUUUCAAGAAUCAAACUUUUUUAAGCUCACAAAAAUGUGCAUAGCUUUCGAUUCUUGCCCCAAAAAUUCACACAGAUUUUAGUAGCACUUAAUGAUAAGUAAAUAAAAUAAUUCCAAUUAUAAACUUUUUAAAAGAAAUAUAAUAUAUAAUUAUAAAUAAAAAUAAAAAAAACAACGAACAGAAAAUGCCGUCGCCGAGCAAGAAGCAAGCUCAGCCGCAUUUGUCUUUAAUGACCAGCAGCAAUGAUGAUGAUUAUAUGAAAUUAGCCGAUGCCGGUAUCAGCAAUGAUGCUUUUCAAGCGCCGCCAACACCACAAACGGCAACAACAAAUAUCUGCGAUAGCAUGGAAUUCAUUUCCGCCACACCAAAUCCAAAUACAGUCAACACUAAACACACCAAUAACACUAAUGAAUUAGUUUUAAGAAAUAAUAGCAACAAUAACAGCAACAAAACCAAUAAGAAUGACAACACACCAUACUACACCAGUAACAAUGGCGUACCACAUGGACACUAUCGAUAUACAUUGCCAUUGUCACUGACAGCGCCAUUGCCACAACCCUUGCCACCACCAAUAGCACAACAAAAAGAGCAACAAUUACAAAAAGUUCAACAACAGGAUGAUAAAUAUAGAUUAUAUACAAUUUAUGGAAAUGACACCGACAAUGACAAGUUGUCCGGUCUCCCACAAUCGACGACUGGUUCACUAAGCUCAAUCAUCACGACGUCCAUAGCAUCCUCAGAACCAGAUCCUGGCACGGGUGGUGGUGGUCGUGGUAGCGGAGGCGGUGGUGGUGGAGGUGGCAGCAGCAGCAUUGGCGCUUUAGAUGCGAGCAGUAUUGCCGGUGUGCCUGGCAGUAGUGAUGAGAAGUUGGCCUUAAAUCGACCAGGUAUUAAGCAGGAGAAAUGGUCAUCAAUAUUAUUGCAAGUGUCGAUACCGUUCUUUUUGGCCGGUGUGGGCACAAUCGGUGCGGGUAUUGUGCUCGGCCGUGUAGAGAAAUGGCGUGUUUUCAAAGAGAUCACCGAACUAUUCAUACUCGUUCCGUCACUGCUUGGCCUCAAGGGCAAUCUCGAUAUGUGCCUCGCAUCACGUCUCUCCACACAGGUCAAUUUGGGUAAUAUGACGUCACGUAAAGAAGUCAUUCGUAUGAUUGUCGGCAAUAUAGCAUUGGUUCAAGUGCAGGCGACGGUUGCGUCCUUUUUGGUUGCUAUGUUUGCCAUUGUUGUUGGUUUGGCGAUGGAUGGUACAUUCUUUUUUGAACAUGUUAUGCUGCUGAUAGCGUCCUCUAUGUUCACGGCGACCUCAUCGUGCUUUGUUUUAGAUUUUGUGUUAGUGGCUGUGAUAUUAUUGUCUGAAAAAUUCAAUUUAAAUCCUGAUAACUUAGCAACACCGUUAGCGGCAUCUAUCGGUGAUGUCGUUUCAAUAAGCUUGCUCUCCUUCAUCGCUUCAUUGCUAUUCGAUCACAUAAAAACUCAUUUAUGGAUCACAUUUGUUAUAGUCGCUUGUUAUUUAGUGCUUUUACCCAUGUGGGUUGCUAUUGUGCUCAAAAAUAAAUAUACUCGUCCGGUAUUGAAGAGUGGCUGGGUGCCGGUACUCUCUGCGUUGUGUAUAAGUGGCUUCGGCGGUCUUGUGCUCGAUGCCUCUGUUGAAAUAUUCAGCGGAUUCGUCUUGUUUCAACCAAUUAUUAACGGCAUUGGUGGUAAUUUGGUGUCGGUGCAAGCGAGUAAAAUCUCAACAAUGCUUCACCAGAGCUCUAUUAUUGGCAUUAUACCACCACAUACGAAGAUUUUCGAAUGGCCAUGGAAAGCGCUAUUCAAAGGAGUUCCAUAUGCUAAAACGGCGCGCAUACUCCUUGGCAUGUCAAUUCCCGGUAAUAUUGUGUUCGUGUUUGUUGCCGAUUACAUACACAUGUCUACGUCCACGGUUACUAUUGCUUUCGUUUUAUCUUAUCUGACGGCGAGUUUAAUUCAGGUUAUGUUACUGUUGUAUAUUGCUCACGUUAUUGUGCAUGCAAUGUGGAAAUGGAAAAUCGAUCCCGACAACUCAUCGAUUCCUUAUCUAACUGCGCUGGGCGAUUUGCUGGGUUCAAGUUUAUUAGCGCUGGCUUUCCUCUUCCUGCUUUCGAUUAAUCAAGAAUACGGCACUGAACUGAACGAACUCAAUGCCUCGAACUGAGAGCGAAAAAACGAGCGCCCCAAAUAAAUUACAUAUAUGUACAUAUAUGAUAAUAAAGGAGAGAGGGGUGUGAGGCUUCAACGUUUAGGAUAAAACAAAUAAAUACAACAAUUAAAUGAAAGGCUUUAAAGUGAUAAACGAAAAUUUAUUAAAAGAAGAAGAAGUUCUCGAUUUUCCCAAGCCGAAGCGUGGUAAAGCAACAACAAAACGCAUACAUUUACCAACCAACCUUCAGUA